AUGGUGAGUGCAGUAUCGAGCCAUCACCGUACCUUCUUGCCGCACGCUUUAUGUGAGAACAAUCUGAAGGGCCCAUCGAAGAAAGCCUUGUGCUUGGGGUACCCUCAAGGCCAAUUUCUCCUCGGCUGCCCUGGAAAAAUUGCACGCUCUGGGGCGGUCAUCGCGAGAGCCAUCAGUGGCAAUUCAGAGCCUGGCGACUCAGAGAAUGGAGAUAAGGAAACCCCCGAGAAGAAAUCCGAAGAGGUAACGAUCAAGUAGUUCUUCUCGCUAUCAUCACCCAGUCGAUGAUCUUUCUGAUAAGCCAUCUGAUUUCUGCAGGUGAAUAAUAGUUUAUCUCGGGAUGCAUUGGAGAGGCUCAUCGGGGAAGAUGAUUCGAGCUUCAGUGGCUUUGACCUCGCCACGCUCAUCAGAAAGAAGUACGGUCGGUCGUACGAUGUCCAGCUUAUUAAGAAGGUGAGCCCGCCAUUGGCCGAAGCUCAUUUACCAAGUUCCUCCUUGAUCGACAAAAACCUGAAAUAUGGUGUUUAAAAAAUAAAAUUCACAUGGGUAUUUAUAUCCCAUUAUGAUGGCACCCAUAAGAUUAGGAUUGGUCGUGUGUCUAGAUGCUAUCUAAUUCUUUUCCAGUGAAUUAAUCUUGUAAGCUGCCCUCAUUUUAGGUUUCUUCUUGCAGGAGUUUAUGGGAAGAAAUCUAUUGGCAAUGAACGUGAUGUGGAAGUAUGUGGAACAGGUAUGUCUACUAUUAACUUUCAAAUGAUGGCAAUACAUAUAUUGUCACAGUUUCAGAGGUCUUGUGUCAAGAAGCAGAUAGCUCUUAUUUUAGUGUAGUAUAUAUUUUUUUCUUCUGAAAAAAAUUACGGGUUAUUAAGGGUUGAUAAGUUUAUUUUCAUUUUUUUCGGAAAAAAAAAAUUUAUUUUAUUCUGUCUGAUGGUGUCAGAGAUCCUUUCCUUUGACGGAAGAGGAGUACCUGCUGAGGCUCGACGACGUCGCAAACACAUUGAAGUGUUGGGGUGCUGUCUCGCAUAUUCGGAACAGCCUUGAAAGACUGAAGGAACGUCCUCGGAUAGGGAAGGUACAGAUAAGAUAUGAAAAGAAGAUAAAUUUAUUCGUAGAUGGAAUCAAAUAAACUUAAUCUUCGGCAACCCAAUCAAGAUGCUCUCAAGGGGCCUUCGCCCCCGCUAUUUGCUGGGGUGUUCAUCCAUUCUAUCGUUGCCUUGUUCGCGUUCAUAUUAUGCAUGGUUAUUGGGUGAUAUGCUGCUUGCUUUGCGCCAUUUAAUAAAGGGACAGGAAGGCAUAUUUAUUCAUUCGGAAGAAUUUCUCUACGUCUACUUGUGCAGGCUGUGAGCAUCUUCAUUGACAUGGAUGAGUCCGGGGGACGUUCAAAUGAAUGGAUAUACAAAUGA